CCUUAUAAAUUCCAAAUUCUCAACCAAAAAAUUAUAAAUUCCAAAUUCACCGGGGCCACGUGACUCGCCGUCCCCGCCACCCUCCUCCCCGGAUCUCCGAUCACGUGACCCCCGUCUCAGCCACUACCGGAAGAAGAAUAACCCUUCCAAUUUACCAGUUCAUUUCCCUCAUCAUUCGCAUGACAAGGCGCGAAACCAAACUAUCUGAUUGUCCGUUGGAUCCAUAGAUUUUGUGAUUGUCCAGUGCGAAUCUGAAUCAGGAGCUCCGUUUCCAUGGCGACGAGGAAUCGGACCUUGGUUUACAGAAAGUAUAGGGAUGCGUUGAAGAGCGUCCGCGCUCCCACGAGCUCCUCCGCUUCGAGCUCCGGCGCCGGUGGCGGCCCGGUCAUUGAAUUGGUCAGCACUUCCCUUUUGAAUCCCAAUCGGAAUUAUGCUCCGCUCAGUACUGAAGAUCCCGGUAAUUCAAGUCGGGGUGCACUUACUGUUGGUCUACCGCCAGCAUGGGUUGAUCUUUCAGAAGAGGUAGCAGCAAACGUGCAGCGUGCACGGGUAAAAAUGGCUGAGCUGACUAAGGCUCACGCAAAGGCUUUAAUGCCUUCUUUUGGAGAUGGUAAAGAAGAUCAACAUUUGAUUGAGAGUCUUACGCAAGAGAUAACUAAUUUGAUAAGGAAAUCUGAGAAGAGACUACAGAAGCUUUCUGCAGCUGGGCCUUCUGAAGAUUCAAAUGUUAGAAAAAAUGUGCAGCGCUCUCUUGCCACUGACCUUCAGACCCUGUCAAUGGACCUUCGCAAGAAACAGUCAACUUAUUUGAAGCGACUCAGGCAGCAAACAGAGGGUCAAGAUGGGGAUGAUUUAGAGAUGAACCUAAAUGGAAGUACAUCGAGAAUGGACGGUGAUGAUUUGGAUGACAUGAUGUUUAAUGAGCGUCAGAUGGCCAAGAUAAAGAAAAACGAGGCAUUCACAGCAGAAAGGGAAAGAGAGAUCCAACAGGUUGUGGAAUCUGUGAAUGAGCUUGCUCAGAUUAUGAAGGAUUUGUCAGUACUAGUGAUAGACCAGGGAACUAUUGUUGAUAGGAUAGACUACAACAUUCAGAAUGUAGCAAGUACAGUCGAUGAGGGCCUCAAGCAAUUACAAAAGGCUGAGAGAACACAGAAACAAGGGGGAAUGGUGAUGUGUGCUACCGUACUCGUUAUCAUGUGCUUUGUCAUGUUGGUCCUCCUAAUCCUCAAGGAGAUAUUCUUUUGAUCUACAAGCGAAAGGUCAGUUGAUUCCUGAUUUUGGUUUCGUUCUAAUUGUCCUAACCCUCCCUUCGGACUUCUAAGCGUGCAAAGAUGCCAUCCGUAGCAGAAGAUUCGACAAGUUUUGGAGUGCCCUAGUUACAUAUACUACUUCAAGUGACUAUUUGUGAAUUCCUACUAAUUUCUGGGUAUUACUGUAUUAGUAGAAAGAGGGGAGGGGAAGGGGUAAUGAUUCAUUGGGGAAGGACCGACCCGGAACCUGUAUAGAGCUUAAGAUCCACGUUCUCCUUGGGGAAGGGCGUUUUCAUCGAAGGAUCUACGUUGAUUCUUCCGGUUUUCGUUUUCCGGGAUUUUGUGCUUUCAUUCCCCAGAACUCGUGUGUAAGACGCGGCGUUUAUUUGUUCCAUUACAUGUUUUUGAUCAUUCAAUAUAGCGAAAUACAUCGAUUUUAGCUUAUA